CAUCAGAUCAGAUACUUUUACUUUCGUUUUGUUAUAGGCUACUGCUGGAAAAUUAAUCCGUAUAUGUCUCUAAAAAUACGUUAUUACCUUCAUUAAACUUUUGUUUUAACUACAACUUUAGCAGCUGAUAAAGAACUGAAGAUGGAGACUCUUAGAUCGUGUGACUCAGAUUUCAUAAGGAUUGUACUUUUGGGUCCAAGGAAUGCCGGGAAAAGUUCAGCAGCAAACACUAUCCUGGGGAAAAAGGAGUUUGACUUAAAAUCAACUUUACAAAGUGUGGAGAAAUCUGCGGAGAUAUCGGGGAGUAAACUCACAGUGGUGGAUACGCCUGGCUGGUGGGGACCUUUACCUUAUGAUGAAAACCCCGAACUGUGCAAGCAAGAAAUUCUCUUGAGCUUUACUCGAUGUGCACCCCAUGUCUUGCUCCUGGUUUUAAAUGUGGAAACACCAUUUAAACAAAAAGAAAAAAAUGUUCUUUGUGAAAAUAUGAAACGUUUUGGUGAGGAUGUAUGGAGACAUACAAUAGUGUUGUUCACCUGUAUGGAUCGACCUAAAGCUGAACAAUUUAUAAAAAGUGAAAGUGAAACUAUCCAGUGGCUUCUAAAGAAAUGUGAGAGCAGAUAUCAUAUUCUUAAUAUUAAAAUCCGAGAUGAUGGAUCUCAGAUCACAGAACUGCUUAGCAAAAUACAGAAGAUAGUGGAAGAAAACAAUGGAGGACAUUAUGAAAUAGACAAAGAGACUUUACAAUGUUUGGAAGAGAAGAGGAGAACACAGGAGAAAAAAGCAGAAGAAAGAAGAAUAAGAAGUCUGAACAAACCAGUUGGAAAUAAACAUCACCUGUCAGAGUUGAGGAUUGUGCUCCUGGGGUACAAUGGAGCUGGAAAGAGUUCAACAGGAAACACCAUACUGGGAAAAUCUGCAUUUGAUUUAAAACGAUCCAUUACAUCCGUGAUAAGAGAUGGAGAGGUGUCAGGAAGACACAUCACUGUAGUCGAUACUCCAGGAAGAAGGAGAAAUUUCUGUUCGAAAUACUCGCCCAGGCUCUAUAAAGAUGAAAUCGUAUUGAGUUCCUCACUUUGUCCUCCAGGACCUCAUGUCUUUCUGCUGGUCAUACGAGUGGAUGUCGCAUUCACCGAAGUGUACAGACAAGCAGUGGAAGAACAUGCUGCUUGUCACGGUCACAAAAUCUGGGAUCACAUGAUCGUUCUCUUUACAUUUGGUGACUGGCUGGGGGACAAAAGCAUUGAGCAGUUUAUCGAGAGUGAAGGGGAAGCUCUUCAGUGGAUAAUAGAGAAAUGUGGGAACAGGUAUCAUGUCUUCAACAACCAGAAUAAAGAUGAUACCAAUGGAGUGACCAAGCUUUUUGGGAAAAUAGAAGAGAUGAUCGCAGGAGCCAAAGGAGAAAUAUAUGAGAUUAACAAUCAAAACAUACAGGAGGUGAAACAAAGAAGAAGAAAAGUAGAAGAAAAAGCAAAACAGAUGAAGGAAGAAAUGCAAAAAAGAAAUGCAGUCAGACUUUUAAUGUCAGAUACAGAACAUUUCGACAUGCGAAUGGUGUUGUUCGGGCCAUACUGUUCUGGCAAGAUUUCAGCAGGGAACAUCAUUUUGGGUAGAGAGGCGUUUUUCAGAUCAGGACAGAAUAUGAAAGAAAACGGGGAAAAUGCAGGAAGGAAACUCACCGUUGCUUAUACACAAGGUUUUAAGAAAGAUUCCCCUUUUGACAAGACAAUUCAAGAUACUAAACUCAACCUCUUGAGAAGCGUUAUGGAUUGCUCCAUAACACACGCAUUCAUUUUAACCCUGUGUGUUGACUGUUCGUUUUCUGAGGAAGACAAGAGCGCCAUAGAGAAAAUCAUGGAGCCUCUUGGUGAAAGAGUCUGGAGUUAUACUCUGGUCCUCUUCACUGAUCGAGAUCAACUGGGAGACACUCCAAUAGAGUUAUUCAUUGCAAGUGAAGGUGAUGCCCUCUUGUGGCUCAUUGAGAAAUGUGGAAACAGGUAUCAUGUCCUUAACAUCAAGAACAGGUGUGAUGAUGGGUCACAGGUCACCAAACUGCUGGAGAAGAUAGAGGAGAUGAUGACAGUGAACGGAGGACGUCAUUAUGAAAUAGACAAAGAGACUUUAGAGGAGGAAGAAAGAAAAACUGCUGUACCCAUCAGAACAACACAGAGUAUGGAUGAUCUAAUGGGAUUUUCCAAAGAAUGUACUCCUACAUCAGGAAUAGGUUCGGAGAUCAAAGCCUCUACUGCAGAUUCACGUGUUUCGAAGAAAUCAGAGACAAGCUCGGGAUUGUAUUCUCUUGGCUCUGUUCCUGAGUUAGAUAAAAUUUUUGAUAUGGAUCUUUAGCUUUACUGUAUUUUUUGGGUUUGUAGAGCUUGAUAAAUUGAGAAAAGCAUUAAACUGUAACUACCACACAAUCUUAGUACUUUCUUGAACACUUGAACAUUUUUAUUAGAAUACUUUAAAUUGGCAUUUGUCUCGUACAUGUAUUUGUUUUACCUGUCAUAUGCCUCAUAUGUCAAGAAUGUUACAAUUGUUGUACUAAAAAUAUAUAAUUUUAAUUGCUUUAUUAUUUGUUAUUUAAUGAAAUUUUUGUUUUAGUUUAAGCAUGAUGUUUUAUGCCAUAUACUGUACAGUUUCAGUGCAAGACAUGGGCUGCGUCUCAAUCAGCUCCCUUGUUCAGUCAGAGCACUAAUCAGGGGUGCGUUUCCCAAAAGCAACUAUGGUCACAAGUUCUGUCAUUACCAACAGAGUUCAAUGGUAACAGCGACCAUAGUUCGCUAACAAUGUUUUUGGGACACUGACGGCCACUUUAAGGGCUGUCUGAAUGCAAAAUCCUUCCAGUGUAAUGGAUUGUUUGUUCCCUUAAAAUCCCUGCAAUGCAAAAACCAAAGAGCAUUGAUGCUCCCUAUGUUACUUUAUCGGAAGUCAUGUGACUUUUACUAAAGCUCUCCAAUCGAAAUUGAAUGCAACAGAACAACAACAGAACAGAACUCUUGCAACAGAACUCUUAUAAAGACAAACUUUGUUUAAGUUUUAACAUAAACACAGAUUGCUAAACAGGAGGGGACCACAAUCUACUUAAUAUCUAAAUGUUAUAUUCUUCUAAAUGUAUGCACGGAUAUGUAGGAGAAUAAUGAUAGCAUUUUUAUGAUAUACUUUAACACAUGUUAAAAAACGGUUGUUGAUGAGUAACAGCUGUGAAUGAUCACAAUGCGCUUAAAGACGGGGUCAAUGAUCUCUGAAACCUAAUGUAGACACUUGAAAUCACCUAAACAAACAUGCCCCUACCUCAAUAGAAUCUGGACUUUCUGUUGAUAGACCCGCCCCACACAUACGCAACCCAGGCAGCGAUGUCGGUUAGACAUGCCCCUUACUGCUGAUUGACUACAAGUGUGUUUUGGUACUCGGCCCGACUCUUUUCCAAAGCGUUUUUCAGAUAUCGUGCACUCCGCCUUUAAGCAGUCAGGUCACAGGAAAAUAAGUGAACACUGUCCCAAUGUGAAGUGAGCUGCGUUCACAAUAUACCGAUGCACGACCUCGGGAGCUGAUUGAGGCACACACAUGAUCUUGCAUCUAUUGUUUUUGUAUCUAUUAUGUGUGUAGUGCUUAUUAAAAUUAUUUGACAGGAUUGAAUUUAAGCAGGUGUUAAAAUUUGGUUGUUAAUAAGGGUUGUAACAUAUACUAUACUGUACGUGAGUUAGUUUCUAUCACACACAAUAUGAUUAUUUCAAUCAAUAUUCUUACAUCCAUGUUUAUUAGUAGUCUUUUUUAUUUUAAGAUGUAAAUGUAAACAUUCAAAUUGUAAUUUACUCCACAGAGGUAAGAUGUUAAAAUGUGAAGUUAGCUAAAUUAAUUAUUCUCCAAAUACGUGAGAUUUGGAUGAGCGGUAUAGACUAGUCAUCAGAUUUUAAAAAUAAAAAAGUGGGAACAUUUCUAAUUUAAUUGUCAAAUUAUCUAUAAAUUAAAAAUGAAAAAAAAACUUUUUGAUGGUUUUCGUCUUUUAUUGUUGUGCAUUUGUGGAGGACAGAGCACCAAAAAAAAAAAAGACAAGUAAAUAUCAAAUAUAAAACAUUUAAUAUUGU